AUGUCAGAUGUCGCCAAUGAAAUUGAACCAUUCCUUGACAACAUGAUCGGCCUGGCAUCACCAUAUGCUGGAAUCCACAAUCUCGAUCUCUCCCCGGAUUCUCUGUCAAUUGUGGAUGGAGCCCAGCAGAUCUGGGGUCAACUCACCCCGCAUGAUGAUAGUUCCUUUGACACAGUCCCUAUGCACGAUAGGGGGUCAUCGGCAGUACGCGCCUAUCAAUCCGAAGAGGAAAUUGCCAAUGCCUAUUAUAUUUAUAUCCAUCCAUAUUUACCUUUGUUGCCGCCUCCAGUGGCACCGCAGCACGAAGAUCGCCCUACCGUGAUCAGGCCAUUUAACGAAGAUUCUCAAGCAAAAAAGUCCCGCAUGCCUUAUUGGCCGACGUCAUCUCUGACUCUUGCCUUGUCCGCAAUGCUAGUCCUUAUACCCAUCACUGAAGACACUUUUCCGAUGGCUGAAACGAGCCUUGCGCUUAGGCGGUCGUACGCGCAGCUAUUUGCCCAGGCGGCGCUGACUGCUGUGGAAACCGAGACUGACGAUUUGCCGGCUGCUUUGAUCACUAAUGUGUUUGAAGCAGAAUCAUGUCGAAUACGAAAUGGUUUGCAUCCGCAGGUUCCAAAUCAGCUUCAUCCGGUGCUGGCUCUUGUGGUCCUCGGUAUCUAUGAGUAUUGCCAGCGUGGUAAUAUAUCUAGAAUGCGGGCUCGAGGUAACCAGGCUAUCACAACUGCUAUGGAUAUCUCCCUUCAUAGACUUGAUACGACGACGACAGAUUAUUCUGAGGCACAGAGACGAACUUGGUGGAUGACACCAUGGCCCAUAAUGAUGAAAACACAAGAAGCUCUUUUUGAGUCUCACAAAAUCGUCCAAAACAUCGAACGCAUGGAUGAGACGGCCGUUCUCUCCGACUUCGGCACUCGAAUACGCAAGCUAGAUUCGAAUCUUGUAUCUUUAAUAGGUGAAGCAGACCGCCAUCUUCUGACAACUUUUGAUGAAGAGCCAGAGGCAUCCGUAGCUCAAACCAUGUGGAUGAUCAGCCGCAUGUUCAUCCAUGCUUCUCGCACUCGACUGCACCGUUUCCGGGCAUUCAUGGACAUCCCCCUUUUUCUCGACAAAUACUGUGAUCUCGCAGCAAUCAACAGCGUGGAUUUCCCGCCCCAAACGUCUCCUUCUAAGUGGGUGACAGACUGCGAGAUUUCAUUCCCGUUCACCGAGCAAGAAUCCUCGAUUAUCUGUCUCAAGUCUUCGCUCGUUGUGACGACAAUAUAUCGCAAUUUGCCGUAUCCGAAUCUACUUGGGUCAGCACCUUCUUCUAGGUCCACAGCAUAUCCGAAAACUAUUCCUUACUUUGCUUGCUCCGGUAUACAAAGCUGCUACGCUCUUCUUAUGUUACUACAUCGACUGCGUGCAUCCAUGGCGACGGAUCGACUUGCAGAUUGUUACCACCUGCUUAAUAACCCUACUCCUGCGUCGGAGAUUGCUGAUGCUGAGAGAUUGACGGAGGAGCUGCGACAUGGAGUGGAAAUUAUUGGCAGAGAUCUGAAAUCUGAUGUGAUUUUUGAGGGUGUUGGGGGUAUGGGGCGGGAAAUCGAGGGCGCUUACCUGGCUGCUUUUCCUAAUUGUUUUGAGAUCUAG